GUCUUGUAAUAACGUAGUUUUUCUCCUUUUCUCCUAUUAUUCAUAAUAGCAUUUAUUAUUACACACACGGUCCGUGUCCCCCACUCCUUGAAACCUUUUUGACGCACACGAAUCGGUUUGUUAUCGACGGCGGCGGUUUCCGGUUCACCUUGUGAUUAUUGUUGUAAUAAUAAUAAUGCAGUUUCGUGUACAUAUCUACUAUAUUAAAUAUAUUUUUUACCCGUAGCUUUCCAUUCGACUACGGUUGCCGACCGUGUCCUUUCCCUCUGCUAUCCACCGUCGGUCGUAGCGAGUCGCGGACAACGCUGAACGGCCGAACGCUCGUCAGUACCUACUCUAACGUCUCGUCACAAUCUUCGUCGCUCGUUACGUGCACGUCCGCUUUCGCAUUUCAUUGUCGUGACAUCGUUUCUUUUUUUUUCUGUUCAAUCCGAUUCCUCGUCGUAUUAUGCGAGUGUAUCACAGCCACCGUCGCCUUUAUUUAGAAUAAACACGAUUUUUCACUUUUAAAUUUUUUAAGUUAAUCACCACCGCCGAACAAAACAUGAACAAAUUCGUUUUGCCAGCGCUAUUUGCCUGUCUGGUUAUUGGCAACAACGUUAACUGGGGUGUCAGUGGAAUCGAAGGAGAUACCGACUUAAAUGACUUACAAGACACUGUAAAAAAGAAGUUUGGCUCGCUUGCACCGGGUUUACCCAAUUUGGAACAGUUUAACGAGUCAAUACCGGCCUUAGACGAAGGUGAAAGAGUGUUGAGAGAAAAAUGUUUAAAAAAUAGCCAAUCCAAUGACUCUUAUGAAAUGACUGUGGAGGCAAAGAAAGAUUUUGAAGUUUGCGUAAAAUCUUUGGUUGAUAUUGCAGAAAUAAAAAAAGAGAUUAAUGAAGCUAAACCUAAAGGUGAUCUCGAUAUGGUAUUUAAGAAAUACUGCAAAAAGUCACCAGAUUUUAAGGAUUGUGUUUUGAACUUCACAUCUACUAUAGAUGUAUGCUUGGAUGAAGGUGAAAAAGAUAGCAAAAAAAUUCUUCAGAGUGUCACAGAAGCAUUAUUAUCAUUUGUAUGCCAUGAUGAGGGUGAUCGCAUAGCAUUAUUUUAUUCAGAGGGCGGUCCAGAUUGUUUAAUGGAUAAAAAAGAAGCUAUACAACACUGUCUAAAUACAUCAUUUAGUAAGUAUAUGCCUAAUGGUGAACCAAGCUUGUCUAGCUUGCCAGCAUUCAAAUUUGAAGAAGACCAAUGCAAGAGUAUGUCUGAAUUACAAGUAUGUGUCAUCGCUGAGUUAGAAAAAUGCGGAGAACCAACUCCUGCUAACAUCAUUGAGUCAUUGUUCGAGUUUGUGCGUCGAUCAACACCAUGCUCAAAAUUCCAGAGCGCACAAACACGUAAAAAAUCUUCAGGUGUUUCGUUACAUGCAACGAUCUCUAUUACAGCAUUAUGUAGCUUAACAUUACUGUUAGGUCGAAUUGGAUUCUACUAGUAUGUUGGUAGUACUUACAGAAUAAUAUAACAAUUUUAAGUAAGGCUUAGAAUCAAAAUCCUUAAUAUAUAUUGAGACAUAUGUUGAACCAAACUAAAUUUAUUUAUUUUAUAUUAUAAAUAUUAGACAGUAAUGUUUUUAUUUUUUAAUAUUUGAUUAAUGAAGAAUUAUGAUGAAUUAUUGAAAAAUAUUCGGGCCCCUUUUAUUAUUAUUUUUUUUUAUAUAUAUAUAUUUGUCUAGAAGUAAUUAACUUGUACAAAUAUAUUUAAAUAGUAUACAAUUUUUGUAUUUUUUCAAAACUUAAAAUUUAAUUUAAAAGUGUUUAAAUCGUAGAGUUAUAAUAUACUCUAUGGUUUUUAGUUGUCAAUCAAUAUUUUUACAUAAUAUUUAAAUAGUAUCAGAAAAAUAUUAAAUAAAUGUAAUUAUGCCAAUAAAAAAUAAUAUAUUUUUUUAAUGAAAACAAUUCAAAUUAUUUUGUAGUUACAAUUUUUAGUUUUCAAUAUCAUGAAUCAGUUGUUCUUAAUUAUAUUUAGGUGGUUGUAAGGCCUACUACUUGUAAUCUCAAUUUUUUUGUAUAAUGUAUGGUCAAAUAAGUUUUGGUGUAUAGGAUUAAAGUAUCACUUAUUUUGUACACACUAAUAUGUGUGUAUAAGAAUUUUUUUAAUUGUAAUUUAUGUUUUUUAUGUUUACUAUUUAUUUUAUAUGUGUAAUCCCAAAAUAAAAAAAUAUCUACUGUUUAGUAUUACCAA